CGUGGUGCUGCUACAGCACAACAACAUGACAGAGCUCACUGUAACAUCAGCUCAGGACAUGAAAUGGACUUGAAUCGGGAAAAAUAGAGCUUUAAAGAUUGUAUGUUAAGGAUGAGACCCUUGUAUUGUUCCUUUGCGGUAUAUCUCAUCUUGUGUUUCAUAAAACCUCAUUCUGGAGAUGAAAUCAAGGCACAGGAUUCGGUUUUGGUUGUGCAUAGGAGGGAAGACAACGCUGGAGCCAGCAAAGUGGACGAUGACAUUCAGCAUUCCCCAAAAUCGACAGACACGGACCCUUCACUCAACCUGCAGUCUCCCGCUGCACAUGCCGAAAAGAUUAAUAGACAGAAUGACACAGAAAAUUCCAGCAAUGACACACUCCAUCCCACCACCCAUGCGACCAAGGCUGCAACGCCAGUUCCUCCGACAGUGAAGCCUAUCUUACCAGUGCAGACUGGUGUCAAGGCCCAGGAGGAAGAGCAGUCCAGUGGAAUGACCAUCUUCUUCAGCCUGCUUGUUAUUGGAAUCUGCAUCAUAUUGGUGCACUUGCUUAUUAAGUUCAAGCUACACUUCCUUCCUGAGAGCGUGGCCGUGGUCUCACUGGGGAUCCUCAUGGGCGCCGUCAUAAAGAUCAUCGAGUUUCAGGAGUUGGCCAACUGGAAGGAGGAAGAGAUGUUUCGCCCCAACAUGUUUUUCCUCUUGCUGUUGCCCCCCAUCAUCUUUGAGUCUGGCAUCUGGCUACACAAGGGAAACUUCUUCCAGAACAUCGGAUCCAUUACACUUUUCGCCGUGUUUGGAACUGCCAUCUCUGCCUUCAUUGUGGGAGGUGGAAUCUAUUUCCUGGGCCAGGCGGAUGUGAUCUACAAGAUGACCAUGACUGACAGUUUUGCCUUUGGAUCGCUCAUCUCAGCAGUGGACCCUGUGGCCACCAUUGCCAUCUUCAAUGCCCUCAACGUGGACCCUGUGCUCAACAUGCUGGUGUUCGGAGAGAGCAUCCUCAACGACGCUGUUUCCAUCGUCCUCACCAACACUGCCGAGGGCUUCGCUGGCUCCGACAACUCGUCGGUUACAGGCUGGGAGACCUUCCUCCAGGCACUGGGCUACUUCCUCAAGAUGUUCUUUGGCUCGGCCGCACUGGGCACACUCACAGGCCUCAUCUCGGCCGUCAGUCUGAAGCACUUUGACCUGAGAAAGACUCCGUCUCUGGAGUUUGGGAUGAUGAUCAUCUUUGCCUACCUCCCCUAUGGCCUGGCAGAGGGGAUCAAGCUCUCUGGUAUCAUGGCCAUUCUGUUCUCAGGGAUUGUCAUGUCUCACUACACCCAUCACAAUCUGUCUCCUGUCACACAGAUCCUCAUGCAACAGACCCUGCGCACCGUGGCCUUCAUGUGUGAAACGUGUGUGUUUGCCUUCCUGGGCCUGUCCAUAUUCAGCUUCCCACACAAAUUUGAGUUCUCCUUCGUCAUCUGGUGCAUUGUGCUGGUUCUGUUGGGCAGAGCUGUGAAUAUCUUUCCUCUGUCCUUCCUGCUCAACUUCUUCCGGGACCACAAGAUCACGCCCAAAAUGAUGUUCAUCAUGUGGUUCAGUGGCCUGCGUGGGGCCAUCCCCUACGCCCUGAGCCUCCACUUGGGCCUGGAGCCCAUUGAGAAGAGGCAGCUGAUCGGCACCACCACCAUCGUCAUCGUGCUCUUCACCAUCCUGCUGAUGGGCGGAGGCACCAUGCCCCUCAUCCGCAUCAUGGACAUCGAGGAGAGUCAGUCUCGACGCAGGAACAAGAAAGACAUCAACCUCAGCAAGACCCAGAAGAUGGGUAACACCAUCGAGUCGGAGCACCUGUCUGAGUUGACGGAGGAGGAGUAUGAGGCUCAUAUCGUCCAGAGGCAGGACCUGAAAGGCUUCAUGUGGCUCGAUGCCAAGUACCUCAACCCCUUCUUCACUCGCAGGCUCACCCAGGAGGACCUGCUUCACGGCCGCAUCCAGAUGAAGAGCCUAACCAACAAGUGGUAUGAGGAGGUGCGACAGGGCCCUUCUGGCUCCGAGGACGAUGACGACGAGGGCGAGCUUCUCUGAGCUCCUCUGAGCUCCAUUAAGGUCAAAGGUCAAGGCAGGGUCAGGAGUCAAGGUUGUGCACUUUGACUCCAACGGCAGUCAGUGUUACCAGUGCAGAGGCGUGGCCUCUCUAAUCUGCACAUGAGCACUUGGUGGAUCCCAACCACUUGACCCACCCAGCACACCCCUCCUCUGGAGUGUACCACUUGAGCCAAAUGAGGCAGCAGUGUAAUGAGCGCUGUGGGAAAACACAACUGUUAUGGGGUGUGGGGGUGGACUAACUAACACUGUGGAAGUGUUGAAUGAAAAAAAGGUGAACUGGGAUUGUUACGGGAACUCCAUUGAAGGAUUUACGUUUUCUUGUUUAAAAAAAGGGCAGGUGUAAUGAAACUGUCCUUGUGCACAUUUUUCUGUGAUGUAACCCUCUGAAACCCUCAUGUUGUGUCACUCCUUUGUUAAUCUUUUUUUUCUUGUUUUCACUUUGUGUGACAGACUUAUAGAGGGAAGGCAGCGCUAGUGAAUGUUUUUGCUUUAGACUUUCGAUCAUUAUAUCGACUUUUCAUGUGAAAUACUGGUAAUGUUUUGUAUUUAUUGGGCGAGGGAUAAAGCUAAUAUAUCUUAAGCAAAUCUUUCACAUUCUUUUAUUUUGAUGAUUUGUUUACACGAAUGAAUGCAUUACGGAUGAAAGAUAAUGACCAUUCUUUGUUGAAACAAAAAUCAGUUUCAUUAUGAAUGUUUCUAUGUCAAGGAAAUGCUUUUAUAAUGUGCAAUCAGUGGUUACAAUAAAACUCACACCCUCCCUCUG